AUGGUGUCCAAAGCGGUGGGCAUCGCGCUCAUCAUUCUCGGCCUUUGUGCUGGGCUCGGCGGGCUCUUCUACCUUGGCAAGGGACAGGUCCAGAACUUUGCCCAGCAGCUGUUUGACCACAAGACCCGACAACGGCAGCAUCAGCAGCAGCCAGACCCAGACCCAGACCCAGAGGCCGGGGCCGCGCCCUCUGAAGCUGCCACCGCAGGCGCCUAG